GCUUUUUCUCCUAAUGCCGUGGUGAGUGUCAGAAAAAAAAGAGCAAAGUGCUGAGGUUCCAUGUGCGGAAUUUCCAGUCUUUUGAGAGACCAUACGUCGAGAAUUCCCUCCACCUGAAGCCGAUUGAUGUCGUGGAGUCCGAGAAGGAAAAUUCAGUUUCAAUUUCAUUAGUAUUUAUUCGCUGGUACAUAGAGCUCCAAAGCAGUCGUCUCUGUGACUCUGAGCUCGCGUCUUUCCUCAAAAGAUUUUCUCUUGUCGGUAGAUUUUGUCCAGAAUUUCUGAGUUCAAAUAGUUAUUACAUUUUUGCAACAUCUUACAUAUCAUUUGCUCUUGAUUUCCAAUAAAGUGGUGUCAAAGUUGCUUAGAAAUUUGCCAAGAGAUUUAAGUUUGUGAUUUUUUGUGCAGAUUUACAACAAAGUUGCUGUUUUUCAAGGGGAAGCAUUCUUAAAUAGUUGGAAGAAAUCUUGAAAACGCUCCAAGGUUUUUUAUUGUAGAAUUAAUGGAUUCAGGCAAGAUGCCGGCUAAAUCCGAGAUCAGUGAGUUCUACAAGGGGCAAAGUAUCUUCAUUACGGGUGGUUCUGGAUUUAUGGGCAAGGUUCUGGUAGAAAAACUUCUGUACUCCUGUUCUGAUGUCAAGGAGAUUUUCAUCCUCAUGCGUCCAAAACGGGGACGUGUUCCAGAAUCUCGAUUGGAGGACAUGUUUAAGUUACCUAUGUUUCAGCGAAUUCGCGAAGAGAAACCAGAAGUGCUGAAGAAGCUGGUACCCGUUCAGGGUGAUGUCACAUUCGAUGGACUGGGUCUCAGUGGAGAAACCCUCGAUAGAGUCCUCAAGAGUACUUCCAUUGUUUUUCACAUGGCUGCCACUCUGCGUCUGGAGGCAAAGCUAAAAGAUGCCAUCGAUAUGAAUACCACGGGAACGAGGAGGGUUCUCGAUGUCUGUAGGAAAAUGCCCAAUCUCAAAGUACUUAUUCACCUCUCAACAGCUUUUUGCUAUUGCGAUAAGGAGGUCCUCCAUGAAAAAGUCUACGAAUGUCCUCACAAUCCGCAUGAUCUUAUAAGGUGCGCUGAAUGGAUGGACGAGAAGACAUUGGACAAUAUCACAGCUAAUCUUAUUGCACCUCAUCCCAACACUUACACCUAUUCGAAGCGCCUUGCUGAGAUCCUCGUUCGCAAUGAAUACCCAAAUUUACCCGUCGUCAUCGCCAGACCGAGUAUUGUGAUUCCAGCUAAUGAAGAACCUCUUCCGGGAUGGGUGGACAGUCUCAAUGGUCCAAUUGGGCUUAUGGUAGGAGGAGCAAAAGGAGUCAUCCGAUCUAUGUUGUGCAAUGGAGAGUAUCGGGCUGAAGUUAUUCCUGUAGAUAUUGCCAUCAAUGGCCUAAUUACAAUUGCCCACACUCAUUCAAUAAAUCCCUCCAAGAGCAAAGAUGUGCCAGUUUACAAUAUCACGUGCUCAGAAGAAAAGAAAUUGACUUGGGGAGAAGUUCUGAAGCAGGGCAAGGAACUAGGCUUUAAAUAUCCUUUUGAAGCUGGCAUUUGGUAUCCUGGCGGGGAAAUAACUACCAAUAAAAUCGUUCAUACACUUACCGUGAUUUUUUGCCAUUGGCUUCCUGCAUACUUCAUCGAUUUCCUCAUGUUUUUGCUCGGACAGAAGAGAUUCAUGGUGAGAAUUCAGACACGAAUUUCUGAUGGUCUUGAGGUUCUGCAAUUCUUCACAACGAGACAAUGGGACUUCCGAUCGGAAAACUUCAAAGGCCUGUUCGGAAAAUUAAACUCAGUGGACGAAAAGAUUUUUACAAUGGAUACGGUUUCUAUAGAUAACGUGGAAUACCUCAAGAAAGUAAUCUUAGGCGGAAGGCAGUACUGCUUGAAGGAACCGCUUACAACUCUUCCUAAAGCCAGGAUGCAGCUGAAAGUUUUGUACGUAUUGGAUGUUACAGCGAAAUUCGUAUUGGGCGGUUUACUCAUCUGGUACCUCCUUUCUGUAUUCAAUCUCAAGGAACCUCUCUUCAGUCUCUUUGAGAGGAAAGAAAUCUCCAUUUUAGCUGAUUAAGAAUAGAAAAGUAUAAAAUUAUGCAAUAAAAGAAAACAGAGUCGAAACAGGUAAAUAAGAAAAAAAAUUGUGGUUUAUAAUUUAGAAAAAGUAUUGGCAAAUGAGGAAUUUAUAUUAUUUUAUUACUGUUUGUUGGUAUUAUCAAUUUUAAUGUAAAAUAGUUGCGAAAAUAACAAGUCCUGUGGCACAUGCAGUAUACUGUGAAUAAGUUUGAAUAAAAGCUUUUUGUACGUUA